AUGAAACCUUCACCAUAUAAAGCUACAUUGAAAUCAAUUGAACCAUUGGUUCAAGGGAAAUGGAUCCAAACCCGUAAAAUCAAUUAUGAAGAUCCUAAUGGUAAUGCAAGGGUUUGGGAAAUGGCUGUUAGAACCACUAGAACUGAGACUACUAAUACCGAUGCGGUAUCUAUAUUAGCUACUUUAAGACAUCCACAAAAAAUACCUGAAAUUGUUCUUACCAAACAAUUUAGACCUCCAACUGGUAAAGUUGUGAUUGAAUUACCUGCUGGAUUAAUUGACCCUAAAGAAUCUAUUGAAUCCACUGCCAUUAGAGAAUUGAUUGAAGAAACAGGUUACCACGGGAAAUUCAUCAAACUGUCGAUUGACGAAAUGGAAUUAUUCAGUGAUCCUGGGUUAACCAACGCUAAUAUGGCUUUAGCUUUUGUUGAUGUUGAUCUCACAGAUAGUAAGAAUGAAAACCCUGUAGCGGAAUUAGAAGAUGGUGAAUUUAUUGAAACCUUUUCAUUACCAUUGAAGAAUUUAUUAGAAGAUUUGAAAGGUUUAUGUAAAAGAGAAGGAUGUGUUAUUGACGCCAGAUUGUAUCAUUACGCAGUAGGAUUAUCCAUGUCUAGCUGA